GGCACGGGGUUACUAGUUAUUGAAGCGCUGCUAUGCAAAAGAUGGAUGUAGAAUAAUGCAUGAUACAAUAAUUUAAGGAAAGAGGUGUGUGAUUUUACGCUGGCAGACAUACAUCGGGUGUGCUUGCGCUUACUUUUUCAGGUUCUCUCAGAGUGUCGUUGAUGUGCAUGCGAAAUCAGCUGAUAGCUCGCUAAGCAAGGAUUUGUUUUGAGACGCAAAGUUUGGUUGGUGGAUCACAAUGGACUGCCUAUCGAUGUUUCAAUCUCCUACCUUAGGUCACCAGUCCUUUCACACCUUGCUCCCCUUUUACUCACCCCAAAUGCUGAAGGCAGUUGCAUUCCAACGGCGAGCAUUCUCUAUGCCAGCCACUGUGCGGCCAACGCAGUCAACGUCUCCACCCCGCCAUCCCAUUACUCCUCCCAUUCUCUCAGCAGAACAGAAAGCCUCUAGCUCACCAGCCCACUUUUACCAGAACCGAACCUUGGACUACUACGUCGAACAACGAGUUACGCCUAUCACACUUCGUCAAUUGGUGUUCUUCGGAAAGCGUCUGAACGAUGAACGCUUGAUCAAAAGUGCAAAUUAUGUCAGAAACGAAUUGCCUGUCCGUCUAGCUCACAGGAUUCGAGACUUUCAGCAACUCCCCUUCAUCGUCGGUAGCAACCCUCAUAUUCAACUCGUCUACGAUCUCUACUGGGCCGCUUUUGAAAAGUUUCGAAAAGUCCCGCCUAUAGAGACGAAAGAGCAAAAUCAAGAAUAUUGUAAUUUACUACGAACUCUUCUGCGUGACCACUUGGUCGUCAUCCCCCAGCUUGCCCUUGGAAUCUCAGAAUGCGCUCAACAUAUACCCGCCGUACACGCUAAUCACUUUAUGAACACUAUGCUUCGAUCCAGAAUAUCAAGGAGAGUUAUCACCGAACAACAUUUGGCAUUGAGCGAGAGUAGCCAGGAUAUGAAUAACGAUGAUGCCACAGUUGGCACCAUCUUCACCAAAUGCAAUCCUACAAACAUCAUAGAAAAAUGUAUUGCCCUCAUAGAGACCAGGUUAAGUGGGACAGCAAAAUGCCCACCCUUCAACAUAGAUGGAUCCACAGGUUGUGGCGACUUUACAUAUAUCUCUGAACACAUCGAGUACAUUGUGUUCCAACUACUCUCCAAUUCAGUUCGUCAUACUCUUCAAUUCCAUAAACACAACAAUGCCCCACCCCCUGUCAACAUCACUAUUUGUUCCAAUGACACCGACAUUUUGAUUCGUAUUUCAGAUCAAGGUGGAGGAAUGUCACCCGAGGCAUACCGAGAUUUAUGGUCAUUCACAUCACAGCGGCGGUUCAAAGCUUUCGAGACCAUUCCCCAGAUGGCUGCGCGAAUAGCAGAAGAAGAAGAAAUACCAUGGAGUUGGCAAGGUCAGGAAGAUCAGCAUCUAGGGAUUGGCUUACCUAUGAGUAAAGUGUACUCUGAAUACUGGGGAGGCGAGCUGAAAAUCAUGUCGAUGGAAGGAUUUGGUACUGAAGCAUAUAUUCGGAUUCCACGGCUGGGCAAUCAGACUGAGAACAUUGAUUUUGAAGAAGCCCAAGAGGUCGAGUACGUACCUGCUUGGGAAAGCGACGAGCGACAUACCAUAGUUCGCCACAGCUCCAUUCUUGGCCAAUGACCGCUAAAAUUAAGCAUCCCUCAACCACUUUGUAUUAUUCCAGUUGAUUGAACACAAAUAAAAAAAAACCCAACACCCUGUAACCUUUUAAUCCAUUUUACA